AUAUCUUUUCCUCACUUCCUGCUUCAGGAUGUUUAUAUAGUUGUAAAGAGAUAAUUAGCAUUUCCAGUUUUAUUUUUAAGAUAAAUUAUAGAUUAAAAAAAAGUUUUAGGCUAAUCUAGCGGUUGGUUUAACCAGCAGUAAAUUAACCUAUUUUUUCCCCUUUGUGAGAAGAGAAGAUCCAGUUAGAUAAGGAAAGAACUGAAGACAAACUAGUCUGUACAAACAUGUCAGAACCCCGGCCUUGAUGGCAUCUCGGUGGAAUUCCACAAAGGUUUCAAGAACAGUUAACAACCAGUUAUUAUACAUUUAUGAAUCAGCAGUGAAGGAUAAUUUAUUAGUACAGAGUGUAAGAACUCAUCUUAUCUCACUGAUUCUGGUGCUUGAAAGGGACGCUGAAUGAUGGAUGAACGAUCACCUGACUUCCCUAAUAAAGAUUGCAAAAUCCUAGCUGAGGGUAUUGGACACAAUGACAAUCACUGUAGUGUAUGAUAACUCUGAAGCUAUGGAGCUCUGUGCUUCUCAGCAUCUGUAUCUUAAACCAGUAGCAAAACUGACUAUCAAUGUGGUGUUUCCAGAACACACAGAAUCUACCCGAUCUUUCUCUAAGUGGGAAGUGAUGGACAAGCUGAAGAACAUGAUUUGUCCAGACCAAUUUACUACUGUUAGGGUUUCAAAGAGCACUAAGGAUUUCAUUCGAUUUGAGGGAGAGGCAGAAACUAAAAGGUUGAUCCUCACACUUAAGGAAAAACUGCAUGGAAAGGUAAUAAAACUGAAUGGUUUUAAAGAUGACUUGAAGGUGAUGGCCACCGAGGCACAUGCUGACCUUCCAACUCCACAAGAGUGGGCAUCUUACCUGAAUAAAAGAGAGAUUACGAAUGAAGACCUUACUGAGCAAACCGCUGAUAUUCCUGAUUGCAUCUAUUUUGAAGGUUUGCCAUGCAAAUGGUUUGCACUAAAGGGCUCAAAUAGUGAAAAGCCGAGUGAAGAUGUUUUAAGAGUGGUGUUCGAAAGCUUUGGAAAGAUCAAGAACAUAGAUAUCCCUAUGCUUGACCCUUAUAGAGAAGAAAUGGUGGGAGGAAAUUUAAAUAACUUCCUUUUUGGAGGUCUACAGACAUUUGAAGCUUUUGUCCAGUACCAAGAGUACACGGCUUUUGUGAAAGCUAUGGAGUCACUUAGGGGAAUGAAGCUGAUGUUUAAAGGGGAUGAUGGAAAAGCUCUGGCAUGUAACAUGAAGGUGACUUUUGAUACAACCAAACAUUUCAGCAAAGGAGCUAUCAAAAAGAGAAGGCUGGAAAGACACAAGCUGCAAGAGCUAGAGCAAGAAAGAAAAAGGGAAAAAAAGAGAGAGGAAGAGGAGGCUGCAAGAAAAAGACGUGAUGAUGAAAAAAUUGCUCGAGAAAGAAAAAGGAAGGCUAAGCUCAAGAGGAGAGAACACAGGCAGAUAGAUCGGGAUGAGAAACGCCCAAGAAAGCAGCAGAAGGUAACAGCUGAAGAAGAGCAGUGGCCAGAGAAUAUGCCUGAAUGGGAAGAGAGGAAAUAUCUACUAGCUCAGAGAAGAGUGGAGUCUAUAAGGCUGCUUACAGUGCUGUUAAGCCGAGUAAAAGAUUUUGCACAGUUGACCAGCCAAAAAGUGGAGCCCUUGCUGUACCCUGAAGAGAUAAGAAAGGAUUGCUUUCCUGAGACGGAGUUACGAAAUACACAGACAGAGCAGAGAGAAUCCCGUUAUCUUCUACACAAAGAACUGAAGGAUAAGAAAAAAUUUAGCAAUCAGUUCUUCCAAACGGGUAACACCUCUUUUAGUGAGGAAGAGGUGCCAAGUAAUCUACCUGCAUCACCUUGUCAUCUUGUGAGAACGAUCUUAAAUGAUCCAACUGCAGCAAGCACUGAUAAAUUAACUGGCAGGGAUGCAUACAGCUCCUCUGGCUGUGGGUCUUUACAGAUUACAGUUACUCAAGACUGCAAGGUUAUAGAAUCCUGUGAGAGAGAAGACUGUCCUCCUUUGAAGACAGUGCACUCUGGAAAAGUGUCUGGUACAGGGUACUGCAAAAAGCAAAAGAUUUAUGAAACUGACGAGUUUAUACAUUACUUAUUAAACUAUUAUCAAACUCCAAGCUACGCACGUGUCUGCCUAGAGCCAAAAAGCACCGUUAGCAAGUCUUGGUGGCAGAGGAUAGUGUCUGAUAAUGGGAAUGGCUUUCAGAUCAACUUGAAGAACAAAUAUGGGCGACGCUUUACGGAAGUGAGUUUUGUACAAAACCCUGACAAGGGAAAUUGUAGUGGGGAUGAUAAUUACAGAUGGGAGAUCAUGAUUCGGAAAUCUGAGCCUACAGAGAAUGUGUCAAAAAACAAGGCCUAUGCUGGAGGGUUUACAACAAAAUUCCAAGUACAGUGGAAUGACUCACUUGAUAUUGCUAAUUUACCAUAUGCUGAAUUUAAUAAUUCUUCUUUUGGAGGCACUAAUACUAGUCAUGAUAAAGAAUCCAAAGACGACAAUAACAGAAGAGAAGUUGCCCCACCAUACACAUACAAAUUCAGGGAUUUAAUGGAAGAGAUCAGGAGUGAUUCUGAGUAUUUUAGUGAGGCAAAGAGAACAGAAAAAAAAUAUAAAGAUGUUUACAGUGAUGGCAAUAAAGCAUGGUCCCUCCCAAGAGAAAUGGAGAGAAAAUUCCUUGUCUGUGUCAAAAACGUAGGUCAAAAUUCUCCAGAAAAUGAAUCCAGCAAAUGUAGCUUCUGUUCAAAUUCUAACCCUGGUGGUUUGACAAAGCAGUGUAGACAUAAGCUUAAAAAAUCGUACAAGAGGUGCAGUAGUAAAUUGAGACACGAAGGGCGAAAAAGUGAGUGGAAAUCCAGUGAAGAAACUAUAAAUACCCACAAAAAGAAGAAAAAGAGAAAAAAGCCCUCCCCUACCAUUUUACCUGAUGAACGUGGCUUCUCUGAAAUGGAGAGUUGGAGACAGUUGGAAUCUCUAAAAAAGAUACAGAGAAAAUGUAGCAAAAUGUUCCGCCAUAAGAUGAAAUUCAAAACACUUCAUGUGAUGGCAGCAGCAUCAAAGGAUGCCAUCCAUGCCGAUGCCUCUCCGCUUCAGAGAUCUCGCCAAAGGGCAGGAGAUGAGAGGAAAUUAACACUGAGGAAAGAGAUGGAUGCAGAUGUUGGAGGAUGUCCUGUUUCCUGUUGAGUUAAUUUAGACAAAUCCAUGCUCUGAUGCUGUCUGUGGAGCAGAACCCAAAAGAGAAUGCUGAAUAGUUGCUAGCUAAUGGCAAUGGGGUCUUGAAGCUGCUCACAAAAGCCCCCCGCUCCAAAAACAAACAAACAAAAAAAACCCUUUUAUAUGGCUCUAAGAAGUGAACUGUAAGGCCAAGUUUUUAGUGCAAUGGUUCCCAGACUUGUUCUGCUGCUUGUGCAGGGAAAGUCCCUCGGCCUGCACCGCUUCCAGCAGCUCCCAUUGGCCCGGAGCAGUGAACCGCAGCCACUGGGAGCUGCGAUCGGCCAAACCUGCAGACGCAGCAGGUAAACAAACCGGUCUGGCCCGCCAGGGGGCUUUCCCUACACAAGCGGCAGAACAAGUUUAGUGAUUAUAGGCAGUCUAAAAUAGUCUUGUUUUGAUUAGACUCCUGUAAUGCAUGCUGGAGUGGGAGGACAGUGGAACAAUCUACUUAGUACAAGCUACAAAAAUAGAAUCUGUAUGGAUUUGGCACUGAUAUGAAAAAAGACCAAAAAGUUACCCAAGUGCAUGACACAAGCUAUUGUGAACCAAUUGCUGAGAGUUUUGAAGCUUAAUGGGUUGAAACCUCUGAGUGGCCACCCAGCUGAGUCCAGGGGAGCCAUAAAACAUUUGCAUUCUGGUAUCUAGUAAUUAUUAUAGUUGAAUUGAUUUCACAAAACCACUUAUACAUAGAUGGGAUAAAUCCUGAAGUAACCAUAUAUUCAGAGUGCCUCCUCAGUCAUAUUGUUAAUAUGAUGGGAUGGCAAAAGGGUGGGGUAUGGCAACCUUGCAAUUCAGUUGUCAGGGGAAAAAAAAAAAGGUGAAAACUUGCAAUGAGUUUCUAAAUUAGAGAAAAUACACCCUAGUACAUGUUAACCUUCUGCGAGCAGCUACACUGGGAAAGUUCCUCAGCAUUCAGUUAAAAUUCUAGGAAUGAGCCAGAAAACUUGACAUUUUCUUGGGCUGAUCUAAAUCAUUACACUGCCACUAGAUUUAGCAUUCCUGAGAUGUUGAGGGAGGAUAUUCCAGACAAAGCUCUAAACGAUGAACAAUGAAAGGGGAUGAUUUCAGCAUGUUGAUCAUCAGCAUGAAAGGUUACCUUCAAUACAGAGUGAAAAUUGCUCGCAGGAUUUCUAAGACGCACCUUUCUGGAGGCACAAGCAGUGAGACAGCUACUUAGUUCAAGGUAGUUUACAGAUAAUUCCCAGAGAAGACUUCAUUUUCAAAAUGUUGCUAACUUCUAUAAAUCUCUGCUGCAUGGAGACAUAAUGUGAAAAUGCAGACUAGAAGCUUGGACUAAUAUCUACAUUUGUUCAGUUCUCUCUAUUUAGAAGAUAGCCACAGCUGCUCUUGGACAAAUUCCCUCAUGAAGAUGUAGAUGGAAAUGGAACAGAUUCUGGUCUGAAUUUAGACCAACAUACUUCCUGUUUCAGGUUUCAUUUUAGUAUGCUUUAUUUAUUACAUGUCAAGAUACUAAAUGUGAUGUAGCUCCCUUCAUUACAGAGCAUAUCAUUCAUGUUUGUAACCUCUGCUCUAAUAAAGUAGUAGUAAAAAUGUUUGCAGUUUU